GGGCGUCUGUUUAUUAUGAGGGAAACUAAAAGCCGUUAUUUUUCUUCUUUCUCAGUGGCUUCAUUUCAUAAAUAUUCUGGUUGUGUUUUAACAGACGGCGACAUGCAAGAGAAGGCCAACCUGCUGAUCACAGAGCUGUUUGACACCGAGCUCAUCGGGGAGGGAGCUCUGCCCAGCUACGAGCACGCUCACCAAAACCUGGUCACGGCGGGCUGCGAGGCGGUGCCUCACCGCGCCACCGUCUACGCCCAGCUGGUGGAGUCGGAGCUGCUGUGGAGCUGGGCCCAGCUGCAGCCAGCGGAGGUGGAGGGGGCCCGUCUGGUCCCGCCGCCCGCCGUCGGCCGCUGCGCCGGCGCUCACUCGGUUUGUGACGUCCAGCUGAGCCAGGUCUCCCCCAGCAGCUUCACCCCGCUGAGUCCUCUCUGCGCCAUGUUCAGUGUGGACUUCAGCAAGCCGGUCAGCAGUGCCUUCCAGUCCCACUCCACCAGCUUCGUGGCUCGGGCCGGCGGUCGGGCUCAGGUCGUUCUGUCCUGGUGGGACCUGGACAUGGAUCCCAGCGGAACCAUUGUGUGCAGCAUGGCUCCCACCUGGACGUACCCACAGCCGGCGAAGGCCCCGUGGCGGGAUCACUGGAUGCAGAGUGUUUACUUCCUGCCUGCAGAGCGCCAGGUGGCUGAGCGAGAGGAGCUCAGUCUGACGGUCUGCCAUGACGACUACAGUCUGUGGUACAGCCUGCAGCCUCACAGUCUCCAGGACGCCCAGGCUGCGACCCCGCCGCCUCGGCCGUGUUGCACCUGUCAGGCUCACCUCGUCUGGACUCGGCCUCGCUUCGGCGAGCUGAACGACAGACGGCGUACGGGGAGCUACGUCGCCGCUCUCCGCAGUGUCCUGAGCGAGGACAGCGUGUGUCUCUCUGUCAGCGAUGGAAGUCUGCUUCCUGUGUUCGCUCACAUGCUGGGAGCCAAAAAGGUGUUCAGUUUGGAAAACUCCAGAAUGUCCAAACAAGUUAUUGAGGAGGUGUUGGAAGCCAACUCUAAGAAAGGUGGGGUUGAACUGCUGGAGAUCAGGCCUGAACAGCUCACCAGUCAGGACCUCAGAGGAGAGCAGAUUUCCGUCCUGAUGGGGGAGCCGUACUUCAGCACCAGCCUCCUGCCGUGGCACUCCCUGUUCUUCUGGUACUGCAGGACCGCUCUGGCGGGCCUCCUGCGGCCCACUGCCACCAUCCUGCCCUGCUCUGCCUCCCUGCAUGUUGUAGCCGUGGAGUUCCAGGAUUUGUGGAGAAUAAGAGCGCCGUGUGGAAUAUGUGAAGGCUUUGACGUCACUCCCAUGGACGAGAUGGUGCAGCGCUCUCUGGAUUUCCGUGAGUCCCGUGAAGCGGAGCCCCACCCGCUGUGGGAAUAUCCAUGUCGAGCUCUCACUCACCCCACCGAAGUCAUGACCUUUGACUUCACACAGUGUGUCCCUCAAGAGCCAAUCAGCAGCCAGGGCUUGCUGCCUUUCAUAAGGACGGGUCGAUGUCACGGUGUUGCCUUGUGGAUGGACUAUCACCUGACUGAUGAUGUCACAGUCAGUGGGGGUCUGACUCAACCAAUCAGGGAGCAGCAGGGAGACUGCGAGUGGAGUCGACACAGGAAACAGGGAGUUUACUUCCUCAGGUCGGCGUGGGACAGUUUAGGUGACGGCAGGACCGGCGUGUCGUACAGCUUCACGUUCGAGCCCAGCUUAGGAGACGUCAGGAUGGACUUUAGCAUCACGGGUCACUGAUGUGAAUCCAAAACUGACUGAAAAAGUUUUACCUCAAGUCUCUUAUUUAGAGCAUAUUUAACUGUGUGUUUACAGUUGCUGUAAUGA